GCUACAUGGACAAAGGGUAGACGAGACUGUGGGUGGAGGUGACGCUCCAGGGCCCUGUUUGCAAUAUGCGCCCGCCGAACUAACACGCAUGUAUCUUGGCAUCUGCCCGCAUCCCGGCCGGGAAGGCGCCACUACUCGAUGGCGUUAGCGCCAAUCGUUGCUCCACCGAAAAGUUCGUCCCACUCGAAAAGCUCGCGACACGAGCAACCUCACGCGCUGUGAUCGCAUUCCAUUCACACAAUGGCCGCCGAAGUCCAACUACUGCAGCCUCUGAAGCUGCCAAAGGGCCCUACUAGCCUCACGUCGGAGCAAAAAUACUGGAACUCCUUCGCUUCGGAGCUCAGACUCGACCCUUCGCAGCAUUCCUCGCCCGUAACACACAUUUCAACACCGCCGCCCCAGCCUGCAAAUGCGCUUUCGGCAACCCAGGAUCUGUUUGCGGUGACGACUGGGUCGCGCGUCCAAAUCUUCUCCUCCAAGACCCGGAAAGUCGUCAAGACCAUCUCGCGCUUCGGCGUCGACGACAUUGCGCAUUCUGGAAACAUUCGCCGUGAUGGCCGAAUCUUGGUGGCGGGAGGAGACAGUGGUGUCAUCCAAGCGUUUGAUGUCAAGAGCAGGGCGAUUUUGAAGACAUGGAAGGAGCACAAGCAGCCUGUUUGGGUUACACAAUGGAAUCCGCAAGAGUUGACUGGGCUGAUGAGUUGUUCCGACGAUCGCACAGUGCGGUUGUGGGAUCUGCCAAGCGAGAAGAGCACGAUGAAGUUUGAUGGCCAUCAGGACUAUGUACGUAGUGGGACUUUUAUGCCCGCGCAAAGUGGGCUGCUUGUCUCUGGAAGUUACGACCAGACAGUUAGAUUAUGGGAUUCGCGAGUAGGCGGAAAAGCGGUCAUGGUUUUCAAGCACGCAGCGCCUAUCGAGACCGUUCUCCCCAUGCCUUCCGGCACUGCCGUUCUCGCGGCGUCUGAUAACACGAUCAGCGUCUUGGACAUUGUAGCAGCAAAGCCCAUCCAUAUGCUGCGCAAUCACCAGAAGACUGUCACGGCACUCUCUUUGGCAAACAACGGAGAGCGUCUUCUCUCUGGUGCGCUCGACGGGCACGUCAAGGUUUUCGAAACCACUGGUUGGAACGUCGUGGGCGGACUAAAGUACCCCUCGCCCAUCCUCUCACUCAACGUUAUCCCCAGUCAGAAGGAAGACCGCCAUAUCGCGGUAGGCAUGCAAUCUGGUCUCCUGUCAAUCAAGACCCAUCUCUCCGGCGAGCAAAAAGUUCUAGCACGCGAAAGAGAAAAGGAGAUGCAAGCUCUUAUGGAAGGCAAAAUCGAAGAGUACGACCGCAGCAAAAAGCGAAAGCGCGGAAAGGGCUGGGAAAAGCGGAUCAGAGGCAAAGACUUUACCGGCGAAAGCGCCGACAUCGUCAUCGAAGGCAAUGCCCGCGGCAAAAUCACAAACGGUCAGCCAUGGGCACAUGCCCUACGAAAAGGCAUGUACGCACAAGCUCUAGACAUGGCUCUCGAGUCAAAGCAAGGCAACGCCCGUAUGGCCUCCAUAACUCUCCUAACCGCCCUGCGCCACCGCUCCGCUCUCCGCAUCGCCCUCAGCAAUCGCGACUCACAGUCCCUCCAGCCCAUCCUCCGCUGGUGCAUCAAAAACAUCUCAGACUACCGUAUCACGCGCCUUACUACCGACGUCGCACUCGUUGUCCUCGACCUUUAUGCCGAUCAGCUGGGCAGGAGCGAGGAAGUUGAUGAUCUUGUUCUCGCGCUUAUGCAGCGCGUUAAGGUUACGGUGGAGGCGAGCCAGGAUGCGUGGAAGGUCAGGGGGAUGUUGGAUAUGCUUGUUAGUAGCGUGGGUGGGGUGGAGGCGGAGGCUUGAGGAGCGCGUAUACGCUGCGUUUGGAUUUGCAUAGCGAUGGCGUUCAUUUUUUAUCGUAAGGGUUUCCGUUGUUCUGCAAUGUCGGCUUCUUUCUCUUGUGCAUGUUGAUGAUAAAAGAAGUAUGUGACAAGGGUGGAUCUGGGUUGAUACGUUUGCAUGUAUGGACUGGACAGGUGAAUGCAGGGACGUGGAAAAAUGUGAUGCAGGGCCUUUUGGAUUCGGGAUUACGCAUGCAUGUGUAUUUUGUUCCAGGGAAUAUGGAGAAAACAUGUGUUAUAUGUCUUUCCUUGU